AACGACGGAGUGCUCGAUUAACUUAUCUGUGGAGUUUAUCGCGACGUCGGAACUCCCCAAUUCCUUCAAAUUUCCUCAAGACACCUUGCAAAUACUUCAACUUCGAGAGAUAACACUGAAGUAAGAACAAUAUGCCAACCGAUACCCUCAAUAUCAUCGUUCUCGGUGCUGGGGUGGCAGGUCUCACGACUGCUCACAGCCUCCUCGCCAAAUUCCCAUCUCACCUUUCUGUCAAACUAAACCUCACCAUCAUCGCCAAACAUCUUCCCGGCGACAUCAAUCAAACAGAAUAUUGCUCUCCACAAGCAGGCGCGAAUUGGCGCUCCUUUGAGAAGGAACUUAACCAAUACGGCCAGUAUGAUAAAGUUGCCUUUGAACGCUUCCUGCAAAUCGCGCGGGAAUCACCCGAAAGUGGAGUGAAGCGAUUCCCCUUGAGAUUGGUGUAUGGCGAUGAAGAUGAUAAGCGGAGAGAAGAAUUUUGGUUUGAGGAGUUGGUUGGUGGGAUUGUUGAUGUUCCGAAGGACAAAUUGCCGGAGGGAGCUUCGUGGGGUGUUGAUUUGGAGACGUUCAUAUUCAACCCGGUUAUAUACUGCAAUUGGUUAUUUGCAAGUCUGAUCAAGAGAGGUGUGAAAAUUAUUAGACGCUCUUACGAUCAUGUUGAUUCUGUGGUAUCUGAUUUUCCAAAUACGACUGCCAUUUUCAAUUGUACAGGAUUGGGCUCGAGGUAUCUCGGUGGUGUGAAGGAUAAGAAAGUGCACCCAACAAAGGGGCACACAAUACUGAUAUCAGAACCCAAGAAACCUCUUGAAAGAAUGUACGUCUGGACCCAGCCUUCCAUUUUCCCACCCGGAGAAUUCUCGCACGUCUUUCCAAGACCACUUGGCGGUGGAGUCAUCAUCGGUGGCGUACGUCUAGACGACGAUUGGAACGACUCCUUUGAUGAGUCACGAGUCGAGCGAAUCAAGCAACGAGCUUGUCAACUUGCCCCUGAAUUGGGUAAACCGGAGGACCUGCAGGUAGUGCGGAACAAUGUUGGCUUGCGACGUAAGUGAAAAUCGAGCCGCGAAGGUGGCGCAAGAGUUGACAUUGAAGAUCGAAAUGGGGCGUGGCUGGUCCAUAAUUACGGUGCUGGUGGUGCUGGAUAUCAAUCUUCGUGGGGCAUGGCCGAGCAUGCGGUUUCAUUGUUUACUCAGAAGUUGGGAUUGAGUCUGGAUGCCAAGCAGGCAAAGCUGUGAGAACAGGAAACCUAUCGGUAAGGCUAAAUAGGCACCCCCAUGUUUUCACCGGGUUCCCCCUUCUACAUGAAACAAAGUCCAGCCGCUUGCAUAUAUGAUACAUGAUGACAUCGGCCCUUACCUGUGUGUGCAGAGUCAUGUCGGUGUCUCUAAUGUGGAAAUGUUCAGCAAUUACCUCUCCUAAUAAUAGCAGAGCUAAUUAUAUCAUAUCAAACAAUGAAACCUGCUCUGAUUCAAAUAGGAAGUCAUACUACAGAACAUUCUUUCACAGAGGUCGGUGACCCUUUAGGGCUACCGAGGCAGAAGGUUUUAAUGAGAUCAACAGGACGUCAAUAUAAGGGUCUUACCGAUCCGAUCAGACCCGCUACUUUAAUUCAAAAGUGCAUU